AUGGGCAGCGAGCAUACUGUGCGGGGCGGGCUCUACGGCAGAGACACUACAGCGUUGCCAGAUGCACCACCUAGAGCCAUCAGCGAGCAUAGCCUUGAUUUCUCACGGCUGGAUAUGGCUUGUCCCAUCGAUGCUGCUGACAUCAGCAAUCGGUGGCUGAAAGCAUACGUCCCAGAUCCCUCGCAUAAGGCUAAGCAAUACAGCGGGCCCAUCACGGCCUUCAUUUACCGGAUGUUGAAGUCUUUCGCCGCUGCAGUCGUGCGCGGUGAAGGCGCUCCUUCAUUUGUACAUCCACUGAUGGCUUGGCCACCGUCGCCCACCACCCAUUUGUCCACGUGCAUGAGUCUAGUCCGUAUCUUCGAUCGGGCAGGCCCAGGCACCGAGCACCUCUCGAGCAUUCUGCUGGGAGAGAUGACGAGAGUCUACGACGAACAUCAGAACCUCGAGCCACAUGCUAUCGUGGCUGCUUACCAGGCUUACUCAAUCUAUACACUAGUUCUGUUCUUCUAUGUGAGUGAGGUACACGAAAACCUUCCGACCGCCAUGUUGAACCUGCAGGAACUUGCAAGUGCAAGCGCAGCCGUUGGCGUGACGUGCAGGGCAGAAGGACAGCGCGAGAGGCCCAGGUGGGAGGAGUGGAUCGUCGCCGAGUCCCAACGAAGGACCCUUUACGCCAUGUAUAUGUUCGACAGCGUUCUCACUGCGAGAGAUGGCGUACCAACCUUCAUCAGCACCGAGCUCCACGGACUUCCUGCUGCAGGGCCCUCUAAUUUGUGGAGAGCGACUUCGAGACAGGAAUGGCAGACCGACUAUAAUCAGUAUCUUGCCCGCUGGCCCGACGGCAUUCUUCGACUCGAUGAGUUGUGGCCGAUGCCGGCCGAAUUCGACGACGAGGUCAUCAGGAAAAGGCGUGGCAGAGUGGAUCGGUGGCUGAUCAAUCUCGACGAGUACGGCAUUAUGCUUUAUACCGUCACGAGCUGCACCCACGGCACUUGA